GAUCUUCUCAGUGGCAUUAUCCUUCGAUGAGAUUGUGUGCUCUUUCUAGCGACGAUCUCCUCUAGCAGGUUCUCCUCCGGCGGCACGUUUUACUCUCGCGCUACAAUCUCCGGAAACUUCAUAAAACUAUGAGAUCUGUUGUGCAAGUGUUUCCUCCAAUGAUCUUCUUCGGCAAUCUCCUCCAUAAACGCUUCUCUUCCAUUGAUGAGAUCUGUUGCGCAAGUGUUUCCUGCGGCAUCGAGUUGUGUUCUGCGAUUUCUCCAUCUCCAUCGAGCUUCGUUGAGCAUCUAGGUUUUCAAUUUUAUUCCUUGUCAGAAGAAAUUGGAGCAUCGUUAUGGACUUCUCACUACGAGAUGCUACAAAUGGUACUUAUCCAGACAAGAUUUGAGAUAGAAGCUCCUACACAUCAGAGAGGCUUCCAACUUCACAAGGUUGUGGAUUCCAUUCUGCACAAGGUACAGAAUUAAGAGCAGGUGCCCCAAGGCUUUCUUUUCUUCUUCAGAUGAUGAGGAAUCUGAUAUAUAAAAUGGUUGUGUAUGUUUCUAAUGCACAUAGUAAUGUCUGGUACAUGCUUUUAUAUAAAAGGGUGUCACUUUGUGGAAAUCUCACUAUCAAAGGUAUUUAACACAAUAUUUUCCUACACAAGUGAUUUUGCUUCUGAUGGGAAUGCAUUACCAGAAGGAGAAACUCACUUAUUGGCUUCUUGUGAAUAUGAAAUCAGUACUAAAUAAGGACAAGAGGUAAGUAAACUUUUUAGUCCCAUUAAUUCAGAUAUACAUAAAAACUCAUUUAGAAAAAGUAUAUACAUAUUCAGGCAAUGUCAAUAUCAAAUGCCCUAAAACAGGACUUGUUGCAGAGUUAAGCUUCACAACGCAAUCUUUCCUUGGAUUUUGGGGAAAUCGAAGAGUAGUUAAGGCCAAGAUCAUUGAUUCAUCUUCAAGGAAGAUACUAUGUGAAAUUAAUGGUCAUUAGGCUAGGUAUGAACUAUGAAGUAUCAAUUAGUCACUGAUGCACCACUAUUUUGUGGUACAUUUUAUGCUUAAUUGAGUGAAUUUUAUCCACUAAACUCACACUUAUUCAUAUAAUUUGCAUGUUUUAUAUUUU